AUGGAAAUAAUUCCGGGCCUUCCAAAAGAUUUAGCAGUGCAAUGUCUGGUAAGGGUUCCAUACAAAUUCAACCGCAAACUGAUGGCCGUCUCCAAGAGCUGGAAUGCUCUACUCACCUCUGCACACUUUUUCAAAGAGCGGCAACGCCGUGGCGACUACGAGGAGGUAGCAGUUUUUCUUCCCCAAACCGGAAAAACUAAAAGUGAUUUCAGUGUAAUUAUUUACAGCCACCUUGGGCACUGUUUGGAAUCUCUGCCUCAAAUCCCCAGAGAAUUUAAACUAGAAUAUACAGACUAUUAUCAGUCCAUGUUUGUUAGGUCAAGACAACUACUACUUGUUCUGGGGCUUCUCAACACCUGCACCGACAUGGAAGGUGUGUUAAUAUUUGAUUUUUUAUCUCGCAAAUGGCGGCUGGGAACAGACAUGACAUGCAGCCGAUGCUACUUUGCGUGUGACCCGUCAUCGAGUGAAGGACUCGUGUAUAUUGCCGGCGGUUUCCACAGGAAGACUUUCAGUCCCUAUCUAGAAGCUUUUGUUUACAAUGUAGAGGAAAACAAGUGGGAUUUUCUUCCUCCUAUGAGUUUCGAUCCUAAUCCCUGCGCUGGUGCUUGUCUUGAUGGUAAGUUUUAUGUAGUCCCAUUGAGAAGGUACACCGUGCAAGUUUAUGAUCCUCACACUCGACAAUGGAAAAAUAUCAUGAAAUCCGAUAUUGAAUGGGCACAGGAUAUUUGGAGCGGGCGACCCUACGAUAUCGUGCGGGCAUGCUCACAGCUGCGUAGACUCUGUCUAUAA